UAUAUGCAAAAUCUUGCAAUCGAUUCUGCUAUAAUUUGUCGUGGUGACCGACGGCGGGUUGGCAGCAUUUCGCGGAGUCUGGAGUUCCAGUGGCAGCUCAGAUCGCGGAUUUCCGGCGAAGUAGGGAUGCUAGUGAUGUUUUAUUGCUCAAGGUGAAUUUCGAGAUAUCAUCAACAUAAGAAGUGAAAUCAGUUCGUUGUGAGCCAGUAUUUGGGAAAUGGCUGAGGGUGGAGAAGAGGAUAUGCCGAGGGAUGGAAAGAUUGUGAAGGAGUUGCUGAGGUCAAUGAACAUUGAUGAUUAUGAACCCCAAGUUGUGCACCAGUUCUUGGAGCUAUGGUAUCAGUACGUUGCAGAUGUGUUGACGGAUGCUCAAAUGUAUUCAGAACAUGCUGAGAAGUCUGUGAUUGAUUCUGAUGAUAUCAAGCUUGCAAUUCAGUCUAAAGUCAAUUUCAGCUUCUCGCAGCCUCCACCACGAGAGGUGCUCUUGGAGUUGGCUCGGAGCAGAAACAAGGCCCCGCUGCCAAAAUCAAUAGCGGGACCUGGGAUCCCCCUCCCUCCGGAGCAAGAUAUCUUGAUCCACCCCAAUUAUCAACUUGCUGUGCCUAAGAGGCAACACGAAGAAACUGAGGAUGACGAAGAACCUGCUGGAUCGAAUCAUGAUCAGAGUGAUCUCCCACAAGAUGCUCCACAGCCCGUGUCGUUCUCACUUGGAAGUAAAGAUCCAAAAUGAUGAAAUUCGAUGGAGCUGUCUUGCUUGCAGUAUAGGAGCUUCAGUUUGUUCUUGUGUCUGAAUAUGGUCCUUUGCUCCAAUUUCAGACGACCAUUCUUUGGAAUGUAAAUGUUGCUUAUUAUAUAUCUGUUAUAGUUCUUGUUUUGUGCUCCUCAUUAAGAAAAUAAAAAUUGGUCUCGUUUUGUAAUAGCCAACUUUGUCCCGAUUGACAACAGUGGAAUGUGAAUUUUCAUUAUCACAAUUCACACAGUA